CAAGGACAAAAGGGCUCACCCCAUUACUCUCUUAUCGUCUCUCUAUCUCUCUCGUUCUUUUUCUCUCGUCGUAGCGAAGCCGAGCCGUCUCUCUGUCGAAGGAGAAGAGCUUAACAGGAAGGUUCUCUCUAGGGUUAGGGUUUGAAUUCACGCGCGCAGAGUGGAGGGUACUCAGAUCGGUGUUCCACGUUUUUGGAUUGGAUCCUUUCGAGUCUUUCUUUCUUUCUUCUAGGUUUUCUUCCUACCGAUUCGCCUUCUCGCUCCUGAUUCUUCUACAUUCGGUUCAUCGGAAUCUUGGGGUUCCGGCGAAGAACGGCUCUGGAUUUCGACAUUGUAAGUACAAAUCAAUUACGGGAAAUCGAUUCAUUGUUAUAAAAGCAAUUGCAAGCAAGGGAAAUUCCAGUUAGGGUUUUGAAUUGGCAAUGACUAGGGCAGAUUCUUGAGAUUGGAAGUUCUACCCGGAUAGGUCUGUUGCCUGUUUGUCUUUAUCAGCACAUGGUCCGUUGCAUCUCUGGAGCUCGUGUGACAUUUAUCUGUGCUGUGCUGGUCGGUAGAGAACCUUUACAUUGGUGAGCCGGAGCAUUACUGAGGGAAGACAUCGUACUAUUGCUGGUGGGUUGGAGCCUCGUGCUGGAGCAUUUAAGGAGUUGACAUUAAAUUUCAUCUUCUGAUUGGACUAACAAGACUAUUUGAAUUUUACUUACGCCCAAUCACAAUUGGGAAAUAUGAACUCUCCGACCUAUUGAAUUCAGGUGUAUGCUGUUUGAUAAAAUUUUAUGCUGCCAUUGCAGUUGUCAUGUGCAGUAAUUGGACUUCGAUCUUAUGGCACCUACUGUCCCUAUAGAGUUCACUGGACAGAAGGAAUCGCGGAAGUUCUUAACCACACAACUAAUGGGGAAGUCGCGGAAGUUCUCUUCCAAAGGGCCAUCCACAGGUUUCGUGCCAGAUUAUAGACAUGUUGUUGAGACUAUGGCUGAAUCCGAAGGCUUUGGGAGCUCUGGAAGGGUUGACACAGAAAUGACUGCUUCUGAUGACUCCUAUGGUCAUAAAAGGAAAUGCAUCAGUUUGAAUGUUGAUGGAAGUGAUAGUUUUGGAGUCCCUGUACAGGUUCUAUCACUGUCAAAGUUAUCAGGUAUUGAGAGGAAGGAUCUGAAGUAUAAACUGCGAAAGGAGCUUGAACAAGUACAGAAUCUGCAGAGAAGACUUGCUUCUUUGAGUUCUAAUAUUGCUGCACUAUCACCUUCUAGUGAAAUCCGGAGUUUCAAUGAUGGGAAGAAGAGACCUCCAGGGGUUAGCACCAUUGGUUCAUCUGAAGUAGUAAGGAAUGGGAAGAAACGUGUUGCUCCAUCCUGUAAUGUGGCUCGAACGAAGAAGGGUAAUUUUGCACGCCUUGAAGCUGCAAAUCCAGCUGGAACAGCCAGCACAACCAACACUGUGCUAAUGAAACAAUGUGCCGCACUCUUAAAACGUUUAAUGUCACAUCAGCAUGGCUGGAUCUUCAACACACCGGUCAAUGUUGUGGAGUUGAACAUCCCAGAUUACUUCAACGUGAUCAAGAAUCCUAUGGACCUUGGCACUGUGAAGAGUAAACUAGAUGCUGGUGAAUAUUCCAGCCCUCUAGGUUUUGCUGCAGAUGUGCGGCUGACUUUUUCGAAUGCAAUGACUUACAACCCACGUGGGAACCGUGUGCAUUUUAUGGCCGAGACACUCAGUAAAAAUUUUGAAAUGAAGUGGAAAGCGAUAGAGAAGAAAAUCUCAAUGGUAGUGGAUGUGCAGGAGGUACCGUCCUACACGAAUGGUCAUGCAAACAAGGUGCCUCCUUUGAAAAAGCAGAAAACUAUUUCAGACGGUACUCAGGACAGGCCGGAGCCCGGUUGCCAGAGGAUGACAGAUGAUGAGAAGCAUAAGUUGAGCAUGGAAUUAGAGGCUCUGCUAGGGGAACUGCCAGAGAGCAUUGUUGAGUUUCUGAAAGAACAAAGCUCUGGUGCUGACCAGACUAGUGAGGAUGAAAUAGAGAUUGAUAUAGAUGCCCUGAGUGAUGGUACGUUAUUGAAAUUGCGAAAGCUUCUUGAUGACUAUAUGAUGGAGAAGCAAAGGCAGCAGGGCAAGGCUGAACAAUGUGAAAUGGAGCUUCAUAACGUGUCAGGAAUUAGCAAUUCCUCUCUUCCUCAAUCCAAAGGCGAUGAGGCUGUUGAUGAGGAUGUAGAUAUAGUGGGUGGGAAUGAUCCUCCUAUAUCAAGCUUCCCUCCUGUAGAGAUAGAAAAGGAUGCAGCACAUAGAAACAGUAAAUGCAGUAGUCCAAGCAGCUCCAGUAGUGAUUCAGGCUCAUCAUCUAGUGAUUCAGACACAGCCAGUUCAUCCGAAAGUGAACCAGAUGCUGCUAAAGCUUCAGGACCGGAAGUCUUGCCCAGUGGAGGACUUAGGGAUCAGAAAAAGGGUUCUGACGGUAAUCCGGACGAUAGAAAUUGCCAAGCAUCUGCUGUUGAUGGGGACAGUGGCAGGCUGAAUUCUGAACCUAUGCCGAAUCCUAAUGAAACUGCUGGUCCUAGCGAGGAAGAGGAGAGUGCUCCACCUGAAAGGCAGAUCUCCCCUGAGAAGCUUUACCGUGCAGCCCUGCUGAGGAAUCGCUUCGCUGACACUAUACUAAAAGCUCAAGAAAAGGCGCUUGAGAAGGAUGACAAGCGAGACCCUGAAAAGUUGCGAUUGCAAAGGGAGGAGUUGGAAAGGCGGUUAAGAGAAGAGAAAGCGAAACUGCAAGCUGAGGCCAGGGCUGCAGAGGAGGCUCGGAAGAAAGCCGAAGCAAAAGCUGCAGCGGAUGCCAAGAAGAAGAGGGAACUAGAGAGAGAGCUUGCUCGCCAGGCACUUCAACAGAUGGAGAAGACUGUUGAUAUCAAUGAGAGCAGUCGAUUCAUGGAGGAUUUGGAACUGUUCCGGGCUGCAAAUGAUGAGAGCGUGCCAAGUUUCUUAGAGGAGGUAAGUCCAGAUCCCACUGAGAAUGGCCUCGGUAGCUUCAAAUUCCAGGGCACUAGCAACCCAUUGGAGCAGCUGGGUCUGUACAUGAAGGCUGAUGAUGAUGAGGAUGAUGAAGAAGGUGAGCAUGGGCCUGGACCCAAGCCAGAACCGGAGCCCAAGCCUGAGACAGUGCAAGAACAGGACCUCAUGCCUCAGCCCGAGCCCGAGCCUGAGCCUGAGCCUGAGCCUGAGCCUGAGCCUGAGACACACAAAAGUGAGCCGCCCAACGAUGUGGAGGAGGGUGAAAUUGAUUGAAUAUGUUUUUCUCCGAGGGGGGGGGGGGGGGUGUACGUUUUCAUUCCAUGAGAUGCAAGCUUUUGGUCCUCUGUUUGAUUCCUGUAAUGGAGGAGAGCGUCCUAGUCCUGUCACCCCGAGACACCUGGUGGCUCGAUGCAGGUUUUGGCUCCCAGCUGUCGUGAAAGUUGGGGUUUUAGGAUUGGGGUUAAAAUGUUCUGGGAAAGUUGGGGUAAGUGUGGGCAGGAGGUGGUUGGGGUGUGCUUGGAGGGCUGGCUGGUCUGAUUCUUUUCUUUCGCGAGGAAAUGGGACGAGGCGUAGCUUAGUAUUUAGCCAUGUCGGAGGGGCAGUCGAGCUAACAUGUAAAAAGCAUUGUAAAGGAAAAAGUGAAAAGAGGGGAAAGAGCAGUGAGGUCGAAGUUGGGGAGAUUCUAUUUAUUCUUGUAAUCUCCGUUGAUCUUCCUGCGUUUUGAGUGGUUCCUCCUCCCAUCUCUUUGCGUAGGCUGCUGCUUUUCAGAUUAUACAGGAAAAAAAUUAGUAUUCAUUACCGUGUUUGGUAUUGUUGGUCGGA